GUGGGAGUGGUUUGAAGUUGAAUAUAGCUUGUAGUCUCUGUGCAUUUGGCAGUUGAACUCACUUGGACCACAUUGAAGGGCUGCUGUGAGAGGCACUGUGGAAAUUCAAAUCCAGUCAAAUCCAGAUUGUGGUGAGGACCCUCAAUUUAGCAGGCAUAAUGCGUGAAUGCAUCUCCGUCCACGUAGGUCAGGCUGGCGUCCAGAUGGGCAACACCUGCUGGGAGCUCUACUGUCUGGAACAUGGCAUUCAGCCAGACGGCCAGAUGCCCUCUCCAAAGUCAAUUGGAGGCCAUGAUGACUCCUUCACCACCUUCUUCAGCGAGACUGGGUCUGGAAAAUAUGUCCCAAGGGCAGUCUUUGUAGACCUGGAACCCACGGUUGUUGACGAAGUGCGUACGGGCACAUAUCGCCAACUCUUUCACCCCGAGCAGCUGAUCUCAGGAAAAGAAGAUGCGGCCAACAACUAUGCCCGGGGACACUACACCAUCGGCAGAGAGAUAAUCGACUCUGUCCUCGACAGGAUCCGAAAACUGUCUGACCAGUGCACGGGUCUCCAAGGUUUUUUGGUCUUCCACUCCUUUGGUGGAGGCACCGGCUCUGGUUUCACCUCCCUCCUCAUGGAGCGACUUUCUGUUGACUAUGGGAAGAAAUCCAAACUUGAGUUUGCAAUCUACCCAGCCCCUCAAGUUUCUACUGCAGUGGUAGAACCAUACAACUCCAUUCUGACCACUCACACCACCCUGGAGCACUCCGAUUGUGCUUUCAUGGUGGACAAUGAAGCCAUCUAUGACAUUUGUCGCAGGAACCUCGACAUCGAGCGACCCUCUUACACCAACCUCAACCGCCUCAUCAGUCAGAUAGUGUCAUCUAUCACAGCCUCUCUUCGCUUUGACGGAGCCCUGAAUGUUGAUCUGACCGAGUUCCAGACCAACUUGGUGCCCUACCCUCGUAUCCACUUCCCUCUGGCCACAUAUGCUCCUGUCAUUUCUGCCGAGAAGGCCUACCAUGAGCAGCUUUCUGUGGCUGAAAUCACCAACGCCUGCUUUGAGCCAGCCAACCAGAUGGUCAAGUGCGAUCCACGUCAUGGCAAAUACAUGGCCUGCUGUCUGCUGUAUCGUGGUGAAGUAGUGCCCAAAGAUGUUAACGUUGCCAUCGCUGCCAUUAAGACCAAGCGCAGCAUCCAGUUCGUGGACUGGUGUCCCACUGGUUUCAAAGUGGGCAUCAACUAUCAACCUCCAACUGUGGUUCCUGGAGGAGAUCUGGCCAAGGUGCAGAGGGCAGUGUGCAUGCUGAGCAACACCACAGCCAUCGCUGAGGCCUGGGCACGUCUGGAUCACAAGUUUGAUCUGAUGUAUGCCAAGAGGGCUUUUGUGCACUGGUAUGUGGGAGAGGGAAUGGAGGAAGGAGAGUUCUCAGAGGCCAGAGAGGAUAUGGCAGCCCUGGAGAAAGAUUAUGAAGAGGUCGGAAUUGACUCCUAUGAAGAGGAUGAGGAGGGAGAAGAAUUCUAGACACAUUUAGCUAUUUAUUAAAUAGUUAGCAAAGUAAGUGUCAACAAUGAUCAUUCUUUUUCUACCCAUUAAAUAUUUCAACAUAC